AUCAAACCUGGUCGGACCAGGUUUUGCGCAGGUUAAGUUUGAAACAUAACCCGGUUUUGGGUAUUUCAACCGGCGUUCACCGCAGAUUUCAUGUGUUCACAAUGGCAUGCCCUUUUGAUGAGAGAACUGCUGAUAUAUCAGAGCGCAAAUUAUACGUGCAAUCCACCGGGAGCGAUUGAUAAGACCACGGCUCGACAUCUUGGCAUAUUGGAUGACUUUUUGCUGGAGUGGAGAGAUAUAGAUUCUCGCGCAAAUCUUUAAUAUAUUUAAAUAGCCUUACAUAGCCAACACUACCAAUCGAGGACCUGGCCUCAGUUCACUCCAGACUAUUUGCGUAGCCCUCCGUUUUUUUCAAAUGGUAGUUUUAUCUAGGCUAUAAUGCUGGAGAUGCUGAGCACAUCACAGUCGUUUCAGAUGACCCAUCCAAGAUUUGUAUCGGCCUCCUAUCAUACAAAGAGCAAUAUUGUCUUAGUACUAUGCCGAGAGGCAUUUACAACAUAAAGUAUAAAAUAGUCCUAACGGACUUGCAUCCACUGGAGAAUGUUCGAUCGUAGCCGGCGGCUUCAUUACAAGCACUGAUCCAUCUUGAUCUGUGAAGUUGAUGAAUUGUCACUUUUAGGUUUUCUACCCAGUUGUCAAAAAAUAAACAUUUGGAAUAGUAUGCGCUGUGGCAAGCACACGGUUUGCAUGUGUUACUUCGAAGGCAAAAAAAAUCUAAAAUACAAGAAAACACAAAAACCUACAUUCAACCAGUGUGGGGUAUGGCCCAUGACUCUCUGAGGUGGUAGGUAUAGGUACCCCCUCCAUGCCAGGGCGCCCUGAAUUUAUGUUUAUUAACAGCUCCUCCACCGGGGUCAAGACAAUUUGAGGGCCAGAUCCAGUCUGCCGACUGUCGGCCUUUUCACGAUUGGCUUAAAAAAAUGGCUUAUUUAAAUUUAUACCAAUACGAUGGUGGGAAAAGCUUACCAGUUUGUAUGUUUUUUUAUACUUCAUUUUUAUACUUGAUCCUCUGACCGCUUGGAAGCAAUCGGAGUACAUAUUGUUUUAGAAGAAAGGGGUUAUGUGGUAGGAUCUUUAAGAAUGCUUAACUGGGAUAUUUAUAUAUUCAUGGCUCAAAUAUUAAGGAUCGUGCUUUUGACGUGUAACUAACGCAUUUACGCGGUCAGCGAUCCGCUGCCAGGCUUUGGUUCUCCGGGUUCCAGAGGUUUUAGCGUUCCCUUUUCUUGUGAUAAUCAGUGGCGAUUCUAGGGGGUGGCCUGGGGUGGCCAGGGCCACCCCUGAAAGCUCAUUGGCCACCCCUGUGGCCACCCCAGAUCUGAUAGGUAGUUGGUCAAGUUCGUCAACACAAGAAAUAAGAGAAAUACUGUCAAUCAAUGAUGACAGCUGAUCAACUGAUUUAGGGUCAGUUUUACAUUUUUAACUAACACAGUAAUGGUCGUACUGAGGCUGUGAGAGCUGAUUUCUGCUCGGCGGACAUUUAGCUAUGCAGGUCAGGUAACCCAUGAGAUGAGCGCGCUGCACAUGCUGCUGGUCCGUGAAACAGGAGGACGACAACGGUCACAGUGACAAUGUGAACAAUAUAAAAACGAUAAAGACGCUGAAAUCUGUCGUUGAGAGGUAUGGUAAUUUAAUGUUUAGUUAUAUCGUAGUUCCCUCUGAAUGUGUAGGAAAACUUUAUCCAGCACUAAGUAGCAGCUAAAAGACGAACUACUGCACUAGCUAGCUUAGCAGCCUGCAAACCAAGUUAAGCAUGUAACGUUAGUGUUUUGGAUACCGCCAUGAAAUAUGAAAAGAUGUUUUCUGGACUGAAGACUGAUGGUGUUUUUUGCAGAUGUGUGUGUUCAAUAGAGCUAAUGUUAUAUUUUUGGCCAACCAGUGUGUGAAACAUAGUGUGACAGUCUAGAUUUAAGUAGCUAUAACACAAGAACAAGCUGUGUCUUAUUUGUUGCAUUCAAAUGCCACAAAUGCUUGAGAUGCAAUAUGUGUUAAUUGUGUUAUUAAAAGUGAGUUGUAAGAGUGGUAGUUAUGUAAAAAUAAACCUUUGUAGAUCCUAUAAAUAGACAUAAUUAGGCACAUUGUUGACACCUCCUUUCUUUUUGACAUUUUAAUGGAGUCAAAGCUGUUAUUUAAGGGGUUCCAGUUAUAUUUGGUCUGGUGGCAUUGCAUUGGACUUUAAGUCUUGUCUUGUGGUCUUAUGGCCUAUAUGAAAGCAUUUUGUAGCAGGAGAAUGAGCAAAAGCAAGAACUAGCUACCUCUAUUGCACUUUGUUACUAUUAUUAGAAUCCUCUAUUGUUCAUGAGAGUUUGAAGGUUUACCUAACAUUACUUUAUAGUAUAUACUUUGGAGUUAAAAUGUCACCUGUAUUGUUACCUAUGUUUGCUUUACUAAUUUAGGUGCCAUCUUGUGAUUAAAUAAAAACACACCAAAGCAAAGAACAAACCAAAAAAAUCGAAUUCCAGUAUCUCCAACAAAUUAGAUCUAAGCUAAAUAAUAACAUAAACUAAGCAUGUAAAGCAAAAACAACUAAUAUUUUUGUUUUUUUCCUUACAAGCUUAAUUUAUCCUUUGCUUACAGAUACACUUUUUAAUAAGGUCUAUCUUAAAGCAUUUUGGUUUGUUCUGUUGCCUGGAUUGCUGUGUUUUAUGUAACCACAAGAUGGCGCCUCAAUUAGUAAAGCAAACACAGGUAACAAUACAGGUGACACAGAUGAUGAGCUGAUUAAUGUUAUUAUAUAGGAUGAGUUAAGAGCAGUUGCAUUUUGCUACUCUAAUUUAACUUGUGAAGAGAUGAGGACUUUAAUCCACUAUAAGGAAAUGGCUCUUAGAAAAUGUUUACCCUAUUCAUAAUUACUGAUUAAAAAUAGACAUGUUAAAAUAACCAGAUAUACUUGAGGACUGUGAUAGGUGGAAAUGGAAUUUAAAAAAUGACUUUAAAAAAAAAAAGUCAUUUCACCAGCAUAGACACCUUUAUUUGACAGUUAUGAGACAGGAAAUCAUGGGAGAGAGAGGGGAUGCAACAUGCAGCAAAGGACCGGGAUUCAAACCGCAGUUGGCUGCGUACGUGGCAGGAUCUGUCUGAUGAGCAGCUCCGGGAUGUUGCACAAACGCUGGGACAGGAGUGGGAGAGGGCAGCCCUCCACCUGGGGCUGAAGAAGAAAGAUCUGGACGAGAUCAAGAAAGAAGACAAGGUUGAGUUCAUGCAGAGACGGAACAUGUUGCAGCUGUGGAAGAAACGAAGAACAGGAAAGACCACAGCACGGGCCCUGCUGAGAGGUCUGGAAGACCUGAAGGACCUACUGGUCGAGACCCAUCGGUUAUUGAAAGGACUUGUAAAGAAUGGAUCUAAACCUGCUAAGAAGAAGCCGUCAUACAGAAGCGGACAGGGGAGCCGUCCUGGUGAGCGUUCCUCGUCUCUGCAAAAUGCCUGUUAUGGACGGCAGGAUCUGUCUGAUAAGCAGCUCCGGGAUGUUGCACAAACGCUGGGACAGGAGUGGAAGAGGGCAGCCCUCCACCUGGGGCUGACGAAGAAAGAUCUGGACGAGAUCAAGAAAGAAGACGAGGCUGAGUUCAUGCAGAGACGGAACAUGUUGCUGCUGUGGAAGAAACGAAGAACAGGAAAGACCACAGCACAGGACCUGCUGAGAGGUCUGAAAGACCUGGAGGACCUACCGGUCGAGACCCAUCGGUUAUUGAAAGGCAGCAACACUGAAACCCGCUCUCAGUCAGAGCCUGCAAGGCAGGCUCUGACUGAUAAGGAGCUCCUGCAGGUGGCCAAAACGUUGGGACAGGAGUGGGAGGAGGUGGCCAUCCACCUGGAGCUGAAGAACAACGAUCUCGAGGUCAUCAAAGCAGAACAUAGAUCUGUAGCCAUGCAGAAGCAGAAGAUGUUGGUGCUGUGGAGGGGCCGAAGAAGACCACCAGGAAAGGCUCAGGACCUGCUGAGAGGUCUGAAGGACAUGGAGGACCUACCGGUCGGCACUCGUCAGUUAUUGACAGGCAUGAUGAAGAAAUCCUCAAAAUAGUUACAUGGCAGAUUCCAUAGUGCAGUAGAUGUCUCCGUCGAAAGAAAAGCCCUGAAGAUUGACCAAAACAAGUGAUGGGCCAACUAACCUGAAACAGUUUCUAAACUGUUUAAAUUACAUUUAUUUAGCUGACACGUUAGUCCAAAGCUUCUGGAAUUUCAUUUCAGAAUGGAGGACAAACCCAAAAAGUGCAGGAAUAUGUCCAAGUGCAAGUACAUAAAAGGCAUUCAAUAAGGAAGGUGCUUUAAGUGCUACAUUAUAGAAACAAGUGAUAGAGAACUUUCUAUCUGAAUUAUUUUUCAUAUGCCAAGAUGCAGCCGGAAAAGAUGAGUUUUCAAUCUGCACUCUUCUUCCAAAUAUCUUGACCGUGUAAAGUAAUUAUUGAUAUCAUGUUUAGAAUAGUUCCUCCUUCCUGGGCUACUACAUGUGUACUAAGAUGUUCCCCUCAGGUACUUCCUAUAGCCAGGUUUAGACAGGAAUUUUGGUAUGAUUGUGAUUAGGAUUAGGAUUAUCCAAAAAAUUAUUCAGGACUCUUUUUAAUAGUUUCCCGAAGAGGCAGCUGGUAGUGUGUCAUUUUAUUUUUAUAUAUUAUUUUAACAUGUUCAUCAUGACUCAUGACCCAUACUGUGAUUAUUCAGGUUUCUACAAAAAUGUUUUCCGUAACUUAUUGAUAACCUUACCUCAGGGUGUUCACCGUAACAUUAUCCUGACCCAGGAAUGUUCAAACAUCUGUUUGGUGCAAAAUUAAAAUGAUUGGUGGAAAAGGCUUCUUUCUUGCUUCAUUUGUUUUUAGUCAUGCCAACAUAUUC